AUCUAUCAUUAUUUCAUCCAAGAUGAAAAACACGCGGAGUAAAUCAAUUGUCCAGUUUAUUAUUGUCAAAUUUGCAUAACAAAUUCCUCAAAGUUGAAUUAUCGGACAGGGAUCCAGUCAAGAAGAGUCAUAUUUAUCGAAGAGUGAACUGACCAGGAAGACUUCUAUUUAGUGUUUUUUAAAGGAUUUCCUACUUUUUUCAUAUGAACUAUAAAGUUCUUACAGAGACAUUUAACCAUCAUGACAUCGUUCGUUUUCUACAUACUUACUUUUUGCCAAAUAUUAUCGUUCCACCGCUAUAUCUUCGCUUGUGCUUUCAUACCAAACUGCACGUCAUCCUCCAACAUCCUUAAACUAAGAAUUGGUCUGAUAUCGGUCGGCCAGUGGAUGAGCACUUUCCAAGUUUAUCUUAUUCAUAAUAAUACGUUAAAGAAUUGUCGCAUUAGACCCACAUACAAUAAAGUAAUGGAUGAGGAAUAUUUAAGAAUGCCAGAAAAUGGAUGGAGAGGAAUUAGACUAGCUCUGCUAAGAGAAAUUGGAACUGAUGAAUUUGAAACACCUCUCUUAAUAAUCGGACCAUACUAUGCCAAUCUUGCUAUGAUACUAGACGAAGUAAAUAUGCCAUAUAUAGUGACAGACGAAAAAGGAAACCACUGGGCUGAUCGCAGUCGAACACAAGAUAACAUACGCUGGAAGAACACCAUAUACAUUCGACCUCCCGCCCGAGAGCAGAAUAAAGCUGUUGUCGAUUUAUUUGCUCUUAAGAAAUGGGAUGGUGGUGUAAUGAUAAUGCCGGCUAAUAAGGAAGAUAAUUAUGAAUGUCAAGACUUAGCGAACCAGAUGUUAUAUGCAGGGAAAUAUCUGGUAAAAUAUACUAUCAACACAACGUCCCAAGAUAUUAUGGAAUUGAGAAUAAGUUCUGUCAUAAAAAACUCAUUGUACAUGACACAGACACGAUAUAUUGUAUGCAGCCCGCGAGAAUCUCGACACAACCUGAGCCAAACGUUUCUAAAUCAGGCGAAAGAUUUUUCAUUAUUAAAAGAUGAAAACCGGGUAUUUGUGUUCAUAGAUCCAACAUCUUCUUUUGAACCUCUAUCAGGAAAUAAUUACUUCAAAAUGAAAUUGUACGCAGUAAAAUGUAAGUUAUUCACUUUUCGGUACAUCAAAAUGGACAGCUUCGAUAUGCACCCCCAGAACGCCGUAGCAAAGGAUGUAGCGGAAAUUACUAGAAGAGCUCUUCUUACUUAUGCACCCCACCACAAAGGAAAUUUUAAUACAGCUGAGUUUAUGCAAAAGUUAAAAUCAGUGGUAAUUGAAGAUGGUAAAACAGGAUGGAUUGCUUUUAAUGCCACUGGUGAGCGGAAAAACUAUUCCUUACAUCUGUACCAACAUAGUCAAGAUAACAAGGCGAUCGGAAUAUGGACGCCGGAUAAGAAUUCUUCUCGAGAAAGGCUGACUUUCAUUGAAACAAACAACAGUGAUUCCAUUCGUUCGAAGGGCUUGUUUGCCAAAACACAGAUUAUAAUGGCUGUAGAGGAGCGACCGUUUGUAUUCAAAACAAAUGGAACAAAUGGAAAUUAUACCGGAUUUACAAUUGAUUUGAUAAAUGAGUUAAAACGCCGGUUAUCGUUUAAAUACGAAUUAAAGAUCGUCGAUUCUUAUGGAAUAAAGGAUCCAGAUGGUAAUUGGAAUGGAAUGAUUGAAGCCAUCAGAACAAAUCAAGCUGAUCUUGGAGUUGGGGCUUUAUCAGUGACAUCUGAAAGAGAUAAAGUUGUUGAUUUUAGCCUUGGAAUCAUGACAACUGGUAUAACCAUACUUAUCAAUAGGCCACGAGGAACUCAGCACAUUUUCCAGUUUCUUGUCUCCUUCUCAGCACAUUUAUGGUUGGCAAUAUUCGGCACGGUGGUUGGCGUGAGCAUUUUGUUUAUUAUACUUGAUUAUCCUAAUCAAGAACGUAAGUUUACAGUUAAAGAGACACUGUGGUUCUCAAUUGGCACACUCAUGACAAGAGGUACCGAUUUUUCACCAAAUCGAACUUCACAACGAAUUCUAACAGCGGGUUAUACUUUCUUCGUUUUAGUCAUCGUUUCUACUUACACAGCGAAUUUAGCUGCUUUCCUUACGAUGCCGAGUUUGGAAAAACCUAUAAACUCUCUGGAAGAUCUUGAAGUAUCUUCUAUGCCAUGGGGCACAGUAAAAGACUCUAAUACAAUGGCAGUGAUACGUAAUAUGUACCCUAGGCUUUAUGACCGACUGCACGAGUCAGGGGUUUUUUUGAAUGCAACUGCUGCGAUCGAAAACGUCAACAGUUCCGUCUUUGCGUUUGUCUUCGACUACCAAAUUAUUUCGCAUGCUUCGAUGACUUAUUGUGAUACUGUCAAGGUUGGUACACCUGUGUUCAUUAUGGAACAUGGUAUUGCUAUGAAAGAAAAUGCUCUCUACAAGACAAAAAUUAAUAUUGAACUAUUAAAAAUGAAGGAAGAAGGACUGAUCGAGAAAAUGAACAAGCGGUGGUGGCAGGAUCUUAAUCGUUGUCAUAAAAAAUCAGAUAAAUUGCGUUUGGAACAAUUUGAUGUAGGCCACGUUGCUGGAGCCUUUAUCAUGCUUUGUGGGGGUCUUGUAUGUGCCACAGCAUUUUUUCUCUUCAAGAAGUUUUAUCUAAAAUCGAAGGUUUUGAUAGCGCAACAAGGAAUCAUGGUCGGUAAAAACAGAGUGUUUUUAAGCAAAGUCCCGAAGUAAAACUGAACGCAAAAGAAUUAUCCGCACAUAUUUAAACAAACAUUCAGUGAAACCCUGAAUAAUUUCAGUUAUUUUUCUGGUUUAUUUUAUUACCCCCCACUGUAUUAAAAAAGGCAUAGUCACACGUUAGACUGGAUAGAAGCUGAUGUCGCUUCAGUUAAUUAACUUUUUUUAUUUGUGUAUUAAUACAAUAGUUAGUACACACCUACCUAUAUUUUGUGUCACGCUCCAAACUAUGGAACGCAAUCGAAGACAUAAUCUGAUAGAUAUCAUAUUUUCAUGAGACUAAGUAUUUUAAAUUAGUCUUUUCCCGAUUAUUGGAAUGCCUUCAAGAGUUUAGUCAGGUAUAUCGACCCCAGUAAUUAUUUCUAAGUUUGGCACUUACUUCAUCAAUGUGUAUAUGUCGAACGUCACCUUAUCAUGCCUCAACGACAUAAACGAAUUCAAAAACGGCAUAAACAUAGGCGCAUUCACACAUACAAACCUCCAUAUAUAUAUAUAUAUAUAUAUAUAUAUAUGCGCACACAUGCAUGCAUGCUUACAUACAUACAUGCAUACAUACAUACAUACAUACAUACAUACAUACAUACAUACAUACAUACAUACGAUAAGCUUUCAAGCUGUUUUAAUCUAACAAAUUUCGCACAAGUUAUUAAGCUACUCGACAUUUAUAGUAGAAAACACUUGCCCAAGUUGCUAUGCAGUGGGGUUAAACAAAAAACAACAUGAUUAAGAAGCAAACUUUUUAGUUAUGCCGCCAUACCUACUUGUGUAUUAGUGAUAUGGUUCUGUAGAAUGCACAGCUCAGUGAGGCAGCUAAUAUAUUUCGUUCGUUGUGACUCUGUUCAAAUCUAGCCGUAGGAACUUUUCUCUGAUAUGAAAAUAUGGAUGUAAUGCAGUUUAUUAACAUAUGGUAAAGUUUUACAAAUGUAGUUUUGAAAUAGCAGGAUAAUUUUAUAGAUAGUUUAUGUCUUCGAUUUUAUUCCAUAGUAAUGAUAACAUCAUUCAAGGUAGAAGGAGUAGCCAAUGUAUAACAAGGAAUAGUGCUUUCAGAAAUGUUGUCAUCUAAGACUGCACAUUCUGUACUACUUGUGUGGGUUUUUUUAUACCAUCUAAAAAAUAUACAAUUUCAAAAGAAAUUGUGUAUUUCAAUAUAUAAUUUCAAAAGAGACUAUGUAUUCCAUUGUUCUUUAUAUACUUCCAACUAUCUUACGGUUUUCAAAACAACCGUGGAAUUUCCACGGGUGCUGUUAGUUAUAUAAUUAAUUAAAUGUUUCUAACUAGAUGUGUAAUACACAUCGUAGCUUCUUUCAUCCAUCAAAUAACUUCAAAAUAUAAAUAUGAAUCAAUUAAAACUUACUGAACAAAAGACAUCAACUUCUGCACAAAGCAUUUUGAACCAGUGACUGAAUUGAUAUAAUAAAGAUGGUCAUUUUAGAAUAAAUUAGAAUACAAUGUUUGCUUUUUCUCGUGGCUUACAUUGAUAUUCGGAAUUUCUAUAUUUCUGCAUACAUCUUACAAUCAAUUCUUUAACAUUCAAGAUUAAUAUAUUUUUUAGAGACAGCCUUAAGUUAAUGCUUGUUAAUCUUACUUGAAACUGUUGUAGUUCUUGCCAUCCGAUAUAUGUAUAAGAUAAUACAUGGUAUUUUAUCAAUCGUGAAAUACGAUAUUUAUACCACACGUAACUGAAAACUUUACGUUUGAAAUAUGUAUAUAUUUGUUUUCUACAAAUAACUUUCUAUAAAAAAAAAGUGAAUGAUUGUCAGAAAUUGGAAAACGAUACGCUGCAAAUAAUCACAGCUUAACAGAAUAGCUCUAUCGAAAGACGCUUGCUACACAUGUUCUAGAUUGAUUUCUAUGAUCACUUAAGAUGUGAUAUCCAGCCAAUAUACAUAACAUUAUGAUGUCAAGGAUUUUUAAUAGGAUAUUAGCUUAGACGAUAAUAUAAAUCAAAUGUUAUUGACAGCAUACGUCUGAAGAGAGAAGCGACUAUUACUAUUUAAAGUGUAUUUUGCUUAAUAGUGUUUUUAAUAAUCAAUUAUAUCCUAGUAACUAUUUUAGCAUAUUUAAAUUAAUAUUAAUUAUAUCAUUAUAACUCGUCCGUUGUAACAUGAUGUUAUGCUGACAUCGCGUGUUUGAGUAAAUGCAUACAUAUGUAAGUAAUACAUAUAAGAAGAUGACUGUUCCAUUAUUUCAGACGACGAUAGGCAUCUCAUAUGACACAUCUAUAUAUCGUUAGAAUGACACGUCUGUCAUUCUUUAAAAAAGUGACCGGAAACUGAUAAAACA